AUGACAUUCGAUCCAAGCUCUGUACCGGAUUAUGAUAAUCUCCCCCAGGUUGAAGGUAUGCCCAAGGGGUGUGCUUGGGGAGUUUUCGACCAAGAUGGCACAAAGGACAUGGUCGGAACACUCAACUUCUUGACUCCAGAUGUUGUUCGCAAUGCUGCCCUGGAAGUCAAAGAUGGUAUCUCAAUAUCUCUGAACUGGCCUAUAAAUGCGAUGACCAAACUCAACGUUCCAGGUCGAGCAAUGCCUGAGCACAAAGUCUUGUAUAUACCCGAGAGCAUGGCAGAGCUCCCAUUUGAACAGGGAAAGUCAUGGGACGAUGAGAUUAGCUUCAACACCCAGUGCAGUUCUCAAUGGGAUAGUCUGUGUCACUUCCAGCAUCAAGAUUCAGGCUUGGCCUACAAUGGUGCCAACCCAGACAAACAGGCCUUGUCCGUCGACUCGACUGAGUCCAACACCAUGCCCACGCUGGAUCAUUGGCAUUCGCGCGGUUGUAUCGCCGGUCGGGGUGUAUUGAUCGACUACGCUGCCUACGCUGAAGAAAAGAAGAUCCAGUUCCAUCCCUUUGACGGAAAUCACAUUACCGUUGAAGACUUGGAAGCAUACGCAGAGUACCAAAACGUCGAAUUCCAACCUGGCGACAUCCUUCUCAUCCGCACAGGCGCUACGGAAGUAGUUGAUAAGAUGGACUCUGUCGGACUGGGCAAAAUGAUGGCUAUGAAGCUCAGUGGUCUCAAUGGAAGCGAAGAAACAGCAAGAUGGAUGUGGAAUAAGCGAUUCGCUGCAGUUGCAUCGGACUCGAGCUCUUUCGAAGCGUUUCCUCCCCUGAAGCCUGAUGGAUCGAUUGGCGGAAUGAAGGAUCUCGUGCUUCAUGUGUAUUGCUUGUGCUUUUUUGGUAUGCCGAUCGGUGAGCUGUGGGAUUUGAGUAAGCUGGCUGCAUACUGUAAAAAGACAAAGAGGUAUUCGUUUAUGAUCACUUCAACGCCCCUGAAUCAGCCUGGAUUGAUUGGAUCGCCUCCGAAUGCGCUGGCUAUAUUUUGA